UCAACGCAUACAAUCGUUGGGACAACAACACGCUUUAAAGUGACAGCAGCAGCAUUAAACUUUUUGCAAAUUCCACAACUGCGUUUUGUCGUCUAGCUUCUUCGCUUACAGUUUCAAAUUUUGUGAAUUUAUUCAAAAGUUUUUGAAAUUUGCGCGCACAUACGUCUCUACCAAAGCAGGCAAGCGCGUCGGCCUAUCGGACAUUUGGAGACGGCGGGUCCAGUAUUUUUCCGAGCUACAUACAUACAUAUAUAGAAAGUGUUUUCGUACGCUCGCAACCAAAUCAAUAACUCAGCUCACUUGAAUUUGUGCAUUCUAAAUUGGAAAUUGAAACUUCAAUUAAUAUUGAUUGUGAUGUGCGAAUUAAUCAAACAAUUGCAAGUGUUUGUAAUAUGCGCUGAUGCUCGUACACGCCAUUUAUAUGAGCGUAGAAAAUAGAAGCUGUUGUGAAAAACAAUAAACCACCAGCAAAACAACAAAACAAAACAAAAAAACGAGUUAACUAACCUGUGUGAAUGUACUCGCAAAAUAUAGAAGCGUAGGUAGACUGUAAAAAAUUAUAUAUGUAUGUACAUUUGUAUGUAUGCAUAGUAUGUACAUAUAACUUUAUUGGCAUUGGCAAAGCCAAAACGGAAGUAAAACUGAGUGAAAAUCUAAAACGUAAAUAAAGUGUUUUGAAUACGCGCAGUAUUCGGCGUGUUUGUGCUGGCGCAACACGUGGCAUGCAUUAAAAAUUCCGUACACUUGGACAUUGUGCCAAGCAGUUGUGUAGUUGUAGACGAAGUGUCGUUUUUUGUAGUACUCCAAUAGUAGUACCUAUCUAUCACCAACAUAGACAAUCACUAAUUUAAUUAUCGCAUUGCGAGCUCAACCGUGAGCAUGAUACCGCACUGUGGAUAUCGUUAUACAUGGAACCGUGAGAUUGUGUUCAACUCGCAAAAAUUGGUGAAGCGGCGUUAAGUGCAUCCACCACUAGCAAAAGUACGCACAACAGGCUACCAAAGCAGCAGCGGCAACAGGAGCAACAGCAGCAGCAGCGGCGUGGCAUAGCCUAAUUAGCAAAAUUUCAAAAAAAUAAUCUAGAGUAUCUAACGGUUUCGGUAACGCGUACAAAAGUCACAACAUAACGGGUUUACAUAUAAAACCCAUGCCAUUUCUUACCGUGUAAUUACACUCUAUAUAUUUUACCAAUAAUUGCCAUGAACUUUUUAUAUAAUAAAAAAUAAGCAAGAACAAUUAAAUAAUAAGUUAAGAAAUUAAUAAUAAUUUAAUUAAACGAGUUUGAGCUUAUAACCGCAACUUUGAUACAAGAAGUAGACGCUCAAAUAGCAAACAAUUUAAUUAAAAGCGUGCUCUCUUGCAAAAAAAAGAAAAAUAUACAUAUAAAUAAUAAAAAAACAAACACGGUCGACUACUGGUCGAGUCUGUUGUCAACUUAAACCUGUUAAACGCAACCAGAGCUAGAAAAUUCCAUCAACCAACCAAAUAACCUAAAGCAAAAACAUAAAAAUUAAAAAAUAUAUAUAUACAUAUUUAUACAAAAGCAAUAUUUUUAGCGCAAAACUCAAAAUUCGCUGUGAUUUUUUUUAUUAAUCUAAUUCGCAAUACUCGUUCGUCGUUCGUCGCUCGUUUUUUGUUUGUAGACUCGCUACAUUUACAAUAUAAUAAGUUGUCUUGUUUUUUUUUACAAAGCGCGAAAUUCAGUAUCUGAUAAGAAGCGUAAAUAAUAUUCAAAUUUUGUUCAGCAUUAGUAGUUAACUGUUUAUUCAUAUAAUAUUGUUAAAUUUAAAUUUUUUAUUAACAACUACUAAUACUUUUGUUAUCGUAAUAAGUACUUACUAACUCAAACUAAUCCAUUAAGGCAUCUUCAUCUCCACGAAAUUUAUCAAGAAUAUUUUUUUAUUGAAUUUGAUAUCAUUUCCAAUAAUAAUCUCGUAACAAAAUCGCGCGGCUCUCGUUGGAUUUUGUUAAGUUCGCGCCUCGUUUAUUGCGCGUGGUCUGGCUUGUUUUUCUUUUUUUUCACAUUUCGCAUUCGAAUCGACUUAAUACCUUGUUAUUGUUGCCUGCUGCGUUGCUGCCAUCAUGAACGUUACCUACAUGACACCUCACACGUAUGAGUGGUCCGAAGACAAAGUGCCACUACUCGAUACCGACUCCAUCAUUGCUCACCCCAAUUCAGUAACAAAAGUCUACAGCAACUUUGAUAAUUCUGAUGCACUAAAAUCGGAAAAUUUCGAAAUCACAGUUCUGACCACAUUAACUCCACCGCAAUCUCCACCACAAUCUUCAACAUCGGCAAACAUCCUACAACAUGCCAUUGCAACGGAAGGCGUAGUUAAUUUCAAUAACUAUAUACACCACCACUCAACGUUCCAUACAACACCGGCAACAGUGAGUAGUUCCGCACCAACACCAGUAGCUACAUCUACAAACCACGCCGUUCCGUCCCAUGCGAUAGCAUCGGCUACACCUACAGCAACGCUACAAAAUCUACAUUUCUCUAACUACUAUGGAGCUGCACCGUUCACACCUUCUGAGGCGCCACAAACCGACGACGACAAACGCAACUCACAGAUCGUAGAUGAUAUAUUGAAAUCAUUCAUAAAAGAAUUGCCAGAUUUAAACGAUGAAUGUGAGUCCAACUCGUCAUCGGCAUACUCGACUGUAUCGCGCCCAGAGUCAAUUGUUACCGAUGAAGAUUGGUCGCCAGAUUCUUCUUUCUCAUCAUCUGCCAGUUCUUCGCCCAUUUAUGGCGGCGGUGAUGAAGACAACUCACAAUUUGUGCAGUCAAAACAAUCCGAACCCAAGAAGCGUACACGCCCAUAUGGACGUGGUGUUGAAGAUCGCAAAAUUCGGAAAAAGGAACAAAACAAGAAUGCGGCUACACGUUAUCGUCAAAAGAAAAAAAUCGAAAUGGAGAACGUGCUAAAUGAGGAGCAACAACUAACACAGCGUAAUGACGAGCUGAAACGCAUAUUGGCCGAGCGUCAGCGUGAGGCCAAGUACUUAAAGACCCUCAUUAGGGAGUUCUACAGCCAGAAAAAGGGCAGUCAAAGCAGUAAACAUUGAAACAACAACGACCAGCCAUAAAAAUAAAAAUUGUCAUCAAAUAGCUAACAAACCAGCUGUUCAGCAAACACCAACAACAACAUUUCCAAACAACAUUUUAAACAUAUUUUUUUAACUAUUGUAUUUUUAAAUGCUACGCAAACAUUGUAAUAAUUCAGCCAAUAUGCAACUAGGCAUUGGCACGCACGCUAGUUGGCGCUUAUGACAGGAUCUCUUUUGAUCUUCGAAACAAUUUAGCCACGUGCAAGUGCGUGUCUCCCCCCAAAUGUGUGCAUAGUGCCCAAAUAUAAACCCUAAACAACAUCAACCAAAUAACUAUGUACACGUAGAAAUUGCUUAGUUGACACUGAAUUCAAUUCGCGGUACUUAAAGUGCCUGCGUUUCAUAUUACAAAUAAAAGGGUUUAUAAUAUA